GCUGGGAGUCAGGAUGGACGAGGACGUGCUGACCACUCUGAAGAUCCUCAUCAUUGGCGAGAGUGGGAUGGGCAAGUCCAGCCUGCUCUUGAGGUUCACAGAUGAUACUUUUGAUCCAGAGCUUGCAGCAACAAUAGGUGUUGACUUUAAGGUGAAAACAAUUUCAGUGGAUGGAAAUAAGGCUAAACUUGCAAUAUGGGAUACUGCUGGUCAAGAGAGGUUUAGAAUCUUAGCUCCCAGCUAUUAUAGAGGUGCACAGGGUGUUAUAUUAGUUUAUGACGUCACAAGAAGAGACACCGUUGUUAAAUUGGAUAAUUGUCUGAGUGAAUUGGAAAUGUACUGUACAAGAAAUGACAUAGUAAACAUGCUAGUUGGAAAUAAAAUUGACAAGGAAAAUCGCAAAGUUGAUAGAAAUGAAGGUCUGAAAUUCACAAGAAAGCAUUCCAUGUUAUUUAUAGAGGCAAGUGCAAAAACCUGUGAUGGUGUACAGUGUGCCUUUGAGGAUAUUGUUGAAAAGAUUAUUCAGACACCCAGACUGUGGGAAAGUGAGAACCAGAACAAAGGUGUCAAACUGUCGCACAGGGAAGAGAGCCAUGGUGGAGGAGCCUGUGGUGGCUAUUAUUCUGUGUUAUAAACUCUGGGAAAUUCCACCUCUUGCAUAUUUGAUCAGAUAGUGACAUCUUUCUGUAUAUAAACUCUUAACUGCUAUUUUAGGGACCUUGCAGUUUGCACAUAAUUGUUUUGUAUCAUGGCAGUAAACACUUGCAAGAAAUCCCACUCAUCGGCUUUCCCAGGUAAAAUGUUAUGGUAAGCAUGCAUAGUUUGCAGUCUAUAGUUUUUUUAUGUAACAUAAAAUAGAUGUACCUUAUGAGUACAUUUGAUUUUAUGAUUUACAUUUAUCAUGUAAUUUUUAA